ACGAUUACGUGUUCCUUUUGGCCUUACUCUUCUUCACCUAACAAGCCAAACUUUCUACUCCACUUGAGAGAGAGAUAGAGAGAGAAUGGAAUCGCUAGGGAGUUCACUGAAGGUUCCCAUCGUCCAAGAACUCGCAAAGGAGAAACCGGCGGCUGUUCCGGCAAGAUACAUUCGCAGCGGCGAUGAUAAUCUCACCCUCACCCCCUCCCAUCCCCCACCGUCAUCUCACAUCCCUAUCAUCGACAUGCACAAGCUCUUCCACCCCGAUUCUUCCGAUUCCGAGCUCACAAACCUCCACGCUGCUUGCCAACAAUGGGGCUUCUUCCAGUUGAUCAAUCACGGAGUGGAAUCGUCGACAAUCGAGAAGAUGAAGUCGGAAAUCGAGAAUUUCUUCAACCUCCCGGCGGAAGAAAAGGACGAAUUCCGGCAGCAGGCGGCGGACGUGGAGGGCUACGGCCAAGCCUUCGUCGUCUCGGAAGAGCAGACGCUCGACUGGGGCGACAUGUUCUUCGUGACGACGCUGCCGCCUCAUUUGAGGAAGCCGCAUUUGAUUCCGAAGCUUCCGGCUGCGUUCAGGGAUUCGAUUGAAGGUUACGCGGCGGAGCUGAAGAGUCUGGCGAUGAAGAUUUUGAGGUUUAUGGCGAAGGGUUUGGGGAUGGAGGUGGAGGAGAUGGAGGCGCUGUUCGAGGAAGGGGCGCAGUCGAUGAGGAUGAACUACUAUCCGCCGUGUCCGCAGCCGGAGCUCGUCGCCGGACUCUGCCCCCAUUCCGACGCCGUGGGGCUGACGAUUCUGCUGCAGGUUAAUGAAAUGGAAGGCCUUCAGAUUAAGAAAGAUGGAGUUUGGAUUCCGGUUUCGCCACUCCCGGAUGCAUUCGUCAUCAAUAUCGGCGACAUUUUAGAGAUUAUAACGAACGGUGCUUACCCGAGCAUCGAGCAUCAAGCGACGGUGAAUAGGGACAAGGAGAGGCUUUCGAUUGCCACAUUCCUCAGCCCCAAACUGGAAGCCCAUAUAGGUCCAGCGCCAAGCCUUGUGGGCCCCAAAACUCCGGCAAAAUUCAAGACUAUUGCUGCACUUGAUUAUUUCAAAGGAUUGUUUUCACAGGAGCUCAAUGGAAAGUCAUAUCUACAAACCAUGAGGAUUUAAUUAGAGUCAUAAUAUUCUUAUUGAUUUGCUACACUUUCAUAAUAUUGAAUUCUAAUCAAUGUUGUGUUGGAGUCUAAAGUCUAUUGUGAUUUGUGAGCUUAGAUAGUACUUGCCUAUACUUGAAAUAACUCCGAAAUAAACUGUAAUGAAAUGUGAAAUUUCUUAA